AUGAGAGAUUUCUCUGCGCUUCUUGUUCCAUCUCCACUCUCGCUGGCAAGUCCACCCAGUGUUGAUGAAUCUACUCCUAAAGGAGUUGCAUCUUUCCAGAUUCCAGGUUGCUUUCUUUCCUUAGAUUAUGACUCCGUGUUGGAAUGUAUUGAGAACAACCACAUCAAUAUCUUUAAGGACGAUCCUACCAACAAGGAUCUACAACGAAUCGCAGCACCACUCAAAGAGACGUUAGUGUCGAGCCACCACCACCACCACUUGAACAACCACCACUCACUUCUUUCUUCUUUGAAAACGUUCAUUCCUUUCAAGAAGCAUUCCUUCAAAAAGUCUUCCAAUAACUUUAUAUCACAUACCUCAGAAUCGAUUCGAGCCGAACUCCUAUUGAAGGAAAAACAACCUAAACGAGGGAGAGGAAGACCCAGAAAGCAGUCUUCUGGUUGCGUUUUGAGUGAAAGCUCCCUCGUUAACAAAAUCUCAAAGAAACUUCACUCCCGAAGAAAUUCUUCAAAACGAAAAUAA